CUGGGAAUAAAAAAAAAGUCAAAGAAAUGCCUUCAGCUUAACAAGUUUGCAUUUUAAGACUACUUGACAUGUUGUUAAGCUUUAUGCCUCAGAGCUCUGCUGGGAAAUGCUGUCAGCUUCUGAAAGGCUGGAGGUCAGACUGGAAAGUUCCUAAGCCUUGUCUGAUUAGUGUGGAGAAGAGCAGAGAGGAGGAUCAAACUUCAAGGUGCAGGAACAAAAACACCUGGGAUGGCGCAGAGCUCCGAGGGCUGAUCGAGCCUGUCUUGCAGGGCUCUGUGCAUGGCACACACAGGUUUGUGUGGCUCAAUAUGGCUCUGCUUGCUGCAAACCCCCCACCAGUGCCCAUACAACCUUGGGGAGAGCAGGAUGAACAACACCCACUUCCUGCACUGAGAUUUGGGGGGGCACUUUAGAAGGCAACGUCAGCUGUUGGCUUUCCAAGAAUGAUGUUCAACAGAAGCUGCUCCUUAUAGAAAGGAGAAAGUGCUGAAUAUCCCCAGCCAUUGGAAGGCUAAGAGGAAUUGGUUGUAGGUGCUGUGUCUAUGACAGUGCAGAGUGGAGACUUUGCUGGACAGAGCAAGCAGCCAGGUGCCCAUCAGCUCUUCUGCACUUGUGUUGUCUCCUGACUCAUCUGUCUGCUCCUGAAAAUGGAGUAUGUCUGGUAUUGGCUCGAUGAUUCCAAGCAGUGGAUUGAGUAUGGGAAAGAGCACCCAGGUCACGUCACUGCCACUGUAACAUCUGCAUUUCUGGAGAAUGAAUAUCAAGCUGACAAGAAUGGUGUUAUUUUUUUCAGGGCUGGUUCUCAGCAGUACAAGUUAGACUUUGCAGACAUGGUCCAAACAAACGUGCUCUUUAAAACUAAAAGAAAUGUUAUUCGACUGCCUAACUCUGAAGAUGGACAAGAUGGAAGCCAAAACAUGACUUUAUCACAUCCUGUCUAUCCUCCACAGUGGGACCAAACUGCACUACCUGAUAUUGGGUACAAGUGCUUUAAAAAUUUGCAGUUGAUACAGCUCAGCAAUGAUUCCCAAGAAUAUACAAAAAUCAAGAGGCUGUUUGAGAAGACAAUGAAAAAUUACUGCAUCAAACAACUGCAGAGGAUUCAGAACCCAACACUUUGGGACAUUUUUCAGUGGCAAAAAGAAAAGAUGAAGAAGCUCCAUCAAUUGAAAGGAGUGAAUGAGAGGCUCCUAUUCCAUGGCACAAGUCCAUCCCAUGUGUCUGCCAUCUGUGAGCAGAACUUUGACUGGAGACUCUGUGGGACUCAUGGGACAAUGUAUGGAAAAGGAAGCUACUUUGCCAGAGAUGCCAGCUAUUCCCAUGAGUACUGCUCCUCUCUCAGUGGGCGCUACAGCAUGUUCGUAGCUCAGGUUCUUGCUGGAGACUUUGUGCGGGGGAACCCUGAGUACUGCCGCCCUCCACCCAGAGACAAAAAUUCAAACAGACUUUAUGACAGCUGCGUGGAUGACCCAACAGACCCUUCCAUCUUUGUCAUCUUUGAGAAGCAACAAAUUUACCCUGCCUAUAUUUUGGAAUACAGCCUUGAGACCAGCUGUGUGGUCCUGUAAUGAAUGGUGGAAUGUCUUUUGAAUUCACACUGAAUAAAUUACUCUUCAGUA